AUGAUACUGCUGAGACAAAAUAAUCUGGACCCAUUUGAGAGGGCUCAGGAGUUAGCGAGCUUAAAAAAAUUGGAGGAAGAAGAAGAAAAAAAAAAGCUGAACGCUAAUUUUCAGAGUGUAAACAUACUAGAUAUUAAGAAGGAGGAAUUCAAAACCAUUUCCAUACCUUUUGUUUUAUAUUACUUUUUUAAAUGUUAUUCUGAGUUUAAUUUAAAAAAUGGAAGACAGAGUUCGCAGUAUUCAUUAGUCAUUGACGGGGACGUGUACCUGGGCUAUGAGGUGAUACCCUCCGUCGUUGUUUUGGUUAGGGAUGACCGUGAGUGUGAUGAAUUCUUUGUAAAUAAAAACAACGCAACCGAUGUGGGGGUACCUUUAACGGAAAGGUUUCCCAACAAAGUCUAUGUCAGAAAAUGCAAGGAAAGUAACAAGAGUGAAGUUUUAGGAGAAUGUGUUUCUAUGGAAAGUGUGUACCACCCGUUUGAACAGAAUCAUAGCAAUAAUAGUAGCCACUCGCUCAGUGGUGACGAACGUUUGAGUGGAAAAGAUGAAACGCGCACGAAGGAGGAGACGAACGAGGUGCCAAGUGUGCACAUACAGGAUGGGAAUCUUCCUUGUGCACCACGGAUAGGAGUGGAAAUGGCUGAUUGUUACUCAGGCUGCUAUUACGUAGAUCAGUUCAGAUCAUACCUAUUUGUUAUGUUUGAUGAGUUGAGCCAAAAAAUGAUAAUAAGCGUAUUCCCAGUGGAAAAGUAUGGGUUCGAUAGAAGCAAAAGUUUUGUUCUCAGAUUCAGCGAGCACGAAGAUUUAAUAAGAAAGGCCAUGGGAAAAAGGAGAGCUGGAACUGGUUCACCAUAUUUUGUGACAAAUGUGCAUGGGGAUGGUUGCCCAAGUGGGGAGGUGAAGGAUAACAACAAAGGGGAAGACAUUUUGGAAGAGCUCUUCUCUAACUAUUUUUCUUACCUAAGAAGGGAAUUAACCUUGUCUGGUAGGGACAUAAUGCAAGGUGAAUGUGCGUCUGGAGGAUACGAGGAAGAAUUUUUUGGCAGCGGGGAAAACAGAGACAACAACGAUAAUUCUAGUGCGUACAACCACAACGGGUACAAUUCCAACGGGUAUAACCACAACGGGUACAACUCCAACGGGUACAACAGCAACAACAGUAACGACUACAACAGCAAUAGUGACAACAACAACAGUUAUUACAAUAACGGAAGCAGCAACAAUGGAAGUAGUAACAGUGGGGACAACAACAGUGGCGGUAAUAACGGGGGAAAUAACAACAACGGAGGAAGUAAUAACAACGGAAGUGACGAUAAUGAUGAGAAUGAAGAUAGUAAUGAGAAUGAUGACAGUCAUGAGAAUGAAGAGACGAACGAAAAUGAGGAAACCAACGAAAACGAGGAGUACAAUAGUAAUAACGAAAACAAUAGCAACGAUAAUUACAAGUUUGUGGAUAAUUACGCCUGCAUGGAUAUGGAAGCAAAGAAGGAUUUAACUGGGGAAUUUUUAAACUCCAGUAAGUAUACAAAUAAUACUAAUAAAAGUGAAAUAAGCACAAAUUAUUUUGAAAAUAGCUGCAACAUUAGUGCGAAUAAUAGUAAUAACGGGUGUUAUGAGGAGAACAGUAAUUUAUACCUAAACAAUGAGGAGGGUAUGACACUUACAAGUAUUCACCUUCAAAAUGGGCAACAUGUUAAUGGGGAGGAUGGCGUAGCGCUGUAUGACAAUAUCGGAGGAGGAAACAACUUAGAUCACGAAAACAGCAAUAGUGAUAAUGUGUAUAAAAAUAUUCGAAGUUAUAUGGAAAACUACAUGGAUAAUAAUAAUGUGCAUGUAAUAAAUGCUUGUAAAAGAGACUCUUGCAGUACGAAUGAAGAGCAGAUUUCCAACAACUCCCUUAAUGAUAGUACCAACUUGGUGUACCAUAGUGAGGGACUAAACGUGAAGGACGAAAUGAACGAAGCAUACGAACCGAACUUCCUGUCUCAUAAGAGGAACAGUAACCUAGAUGGAGAUCACAAACAUUUGGACACCGGGGUGCAGAAAAAAAUUAACAAAAAAAGGAGUAAAACGAAAAUGGAAAAGAACAAUAAAAAUCUGGACGAUGAGAAAAAGGAAGUCCUCACUAAGGUGUCCCAAAUAACCAGAGUGGGUGGAGUGUGCUUUGAUAAGAAUAGACAAAGAUGGAUUGCGCACUGGAAAAUUGAUGGAAAAUAUCAUAAGCAUUAUUUUCCAAUAAGUCAAUACGGAUUUGAAAAUGCUCGAGAAAGAGCCAUCAGUUGUAGAAAGCAAGCAGAGAAACUUUUCAACUUGCCAGAAAUACAACCACGAAGUAGGUGGAACCAAGUAAAAACGAAUGGAACGUCUCACAUUAAGAAGGUAGCCAAGUUACCAAGAUGCGAAGGCGUUGCGUAUGAUGAGUUGUCGCAAAGUUGGGUUAGUACCUUUGUUGUACAUAAGAAGUUUUCCAUCGAGGAUUUGGGUUUUUACGAAGCGAGGGAUAAAGCCAUUUACUGUAGGAAAGCUUUCGAAAAGGUAAAUAUACAGGACGAUUAUGAGUUUUUGCUUAAGGAUAGACUAGGAAUUAGUAAUGAAGAAAAGGAAGAACUCGGUGCCCUUUUCAACAUUGAUAAAAGUGCACUAGAAAAAUUGGACGUGGCAAAUAACGGCGGGGGGGACAGUAAGGUAAAAAAAAACGUGGAGAAAAUAAAGGUGAAGGAGAACAAUGACUACUCGUUAGAGAAUAGCAAUGGAGAAAACAUGAAUGGUGGUGCCUACCCGGAUGUCAAAAUAUCCAACGAGCAAUAUUUAAAAAUAACACAGGAAGCCAUCGAAAUGAUUUUAAGCAACAUAAAACAUAAGUCCCUACCGGAAAUUAAGAUGAAACUAAUUGACAAAGAGAAAUUUGAGAAUUAUAACACCCUGCUAGAUAAGCACUUCAAAUUUAUUACGUCUGUGAAGAAUAUCUCACAACUGCAGCCGUACAUAUCCCUUUUCCACAAAUUUAUUAUUUACCACACGCUUCCUCAUAACAUAUCGUUAAGGAAGCAGCUCUUUAUUAUUGAGGCGUUAGAGUGGUCCUCCUUUUUUUCGGGCGCUGCCAGCCAGAAGGUUGACUAA